AUGCCUCACCCCAAUGGCAGCAUGCGCCUCCAACGGCUAAUUGUACUGCUGGCAAUUGGCACCGUCGCCUGUCUUUCUCUUUUAUUAUUGCGAUCCUCAGCCCCGACUCCAGAGCCCGUUGACCUCCCCCCUCCCGAACCGAUCCAGCACCCCAAACUCCACGACGGGCAGACAUCAUGGCCCCCUGAGAAACAACACCCCAUUUCGCGAUUGAUCGAGAAUGCGCAGCAGAACUUUGAUCAUGCGCGGUCACGACAGUCCCAGACCCUGGCGGAGGCCGUGGCGGAGUACCAGCGCCGCUAUAAUAUGCACCCGCCGCCCCAUUUCGACAAGUGGUUCGAGUUCGCCCAAGCGAAGGGUGUCCAAUUUGUCGACGAGUUCGAUUCUAUCUAUCACUCUCUCCUACCAUUCUGGGGCCUCAAGCCCGCGACAAUUCGUGAACGGGCGCGAGAGACACUUGGAUUUGACAAUGCUGUGCUUGGAGUCCUGGUCCGUGAUGGUAAGGUGUCCUUAACGGAUGGCGGUGGUGAUGAUCGGAAAUGGCAGCGAGAUGCCACGGCUGGCAUGAUGGAUGCUUUCGUGAAGUACUUGCCAGAUAUGGACUUGGUGUUCAACACUCACGACGAGCCUCGCGUGAUCAUCCCUAGCGCAGACCUCCGACGAUUUGUGCAGAAAGCAAAGGACCAAGUGAUUCCUUCCGCUUUCAAAAAACCCAACCCGACCAACGCGUGGUCCCCUCGCCCCUCGGAUCUCAACAAGGGCGAUCGUAUCGAUGAAGUGCGCACCACUCGUUUCAACCGCUUCGCUCACCAGCCUACCUGGACGAAUUCCCGAAUCUCCUGUCCCGUGGAUAGCCCCGCGCGCUCCCUUGACGACGACGCUCCAGAUGAUGUUAGCCCCUAUGCGUUUGGUGAACUAGGUUUCAUUUACAACACUACGGCGGCCUCUGACAUCUGCUAUACUCCCUCCCUCCGUUCUUCGUAUGGCUUCUUCGACCGACCUAACGCCUUCGAUGUGGUUCACGAUCUGUUUCCUAUCUUCUCGCAGAGCAAGAUUUCCAGUUUCCAGGAUAUUCUCUACCCGAGUCCUUGGUACUGGGCAGACAAGGUGCCAUAUGACAAGAGCAAGGAUUUUGCUUGGGAGGCCAAGACUGAUCGCAUGUACUGGCGCGGCUCAACAACGGGUGGAUUUUCCCGUGCAGGUGGCUGGCGCCGCCAGCAUAGGCAGCAGCUGGUUGACAAUGUCAACGGCUUGGGAAAUACCAAGAUCAUGGCCCACCAGCCGGACAACACAUGGGUCUCACAGGAAGUGAGCCGGGAUAUGAACCGUGACUUGUUUGAUGUCAAGUUCACCUUCAUUGGUCAGUGUGACCCCGACGACUGCAAUGCGCAGAUCGAGUACUUUGGUGUUGUCAAGGCGGCUGGCCAGCAAGAUGCGUGGGCACACAAGUAUCUCCUUGACAUCGACGGAAACGCCUUUAGUGGACGUUUCCAUGCUUUCCUACACAGCAACAGCAUGGUCUAUAAGAUUGCCAUUUUCCGCGAAUGGCACGACGAGUGGCUGAAGCCCUGGGUACACUACGUGCCUCUCAGCUUGAAAGGUAACGAGUAUACCGAGAGCAUGCGUUACUUCACCGCAGAGGAAGAGGGUAAGAAGUCUGCUCUUCAGAUUGCGAACCAGGGCCAGCGCUGGGCCCAACAAACAUUACGAAAUGAAGACUUGGAAGUUUGGUUCUUCCGGUUACUCUUGGAGUAUGGCCGUCUAGUCGACGAUAACCGUGAACAAUUGGGCUUCAUCCUUUGA